AUGUGCUUCUGCAACGACUCUCCGAUCGUCGUGCUUCUCCAAAACGUGCUCCACGCCGAUGACGCCAUCGACGUGCCCCUGAACCUCGCAUCCGGAAGCACCGACGGCCGCAAAGUGACGCGCCGGAAGUUCACAUUCCGCACGCACGGAAAGGACGACAGGUAAGCGUCGUCGAAUCGGAACACUUUGGAGCCCAAAUGGUAGCAUGUUUUCAGAAGUGCUUCGGAGCGUCGGAGUCACAUCCAAAUCUCGACUCCGUCGGACUUCAUGCACAUAGUGCACAUGGGACCGGCGCCCGUCAUGGAAUUGCAGCAGAAUUUCAUCGAUUUGCAUUCGAACCAUUCGCAUACCUCCUCGGAUAAGGUAACUCAAAAUGGUCCAACCUACGAUAGUAUUUAUCUUUACAGGACUCGCUGAACAGAUCUGUAAAUAACGACUAA